AUGGCACCAAAGAAGGAAUCUCUUCUCGACCUUUGCACCAAGGCGACUAACCUUGGGAACACCGUUUCUGUGCGCCUUCUUGAGUAUCUGAGUACGGUCAAGCAUCAUCCCCAUGGAUUCCGCGAACUGGCCACAGAUUUCCUUGACAUCUCGCGUAUUCUGUGGUCUAUCGAAGCGGGGUUGCUCGAGUCAUCACGAACGCACAAUCAACUUCCCAAUGACAUGGUGAAGGAAUUGGACAAAAAGUUUCGCGGCACCAAUGACGAUUUCAUGGUCCUUAAUCAGCUCCUGCUUAAGCUUCUCGAAUAUGAGAAGAAAAAAGGAUUCGGUAAGCUCUCCAAGGGAUGGCAUAUGAUGUUUGUCGACACCGACAUCCAUAAGAUGAGAGAAUCCCUCGAGAAGAGCCGAGAUGCUCUCAGAAUGAGCGCCUUGGUCUUCAGAUGGUCCCUCGGCGAUGAGAGAGUGGACUCAUCCGUUGGUAUUGGCUACACUGGCCUCGCUGCGGCUUUGGAGCGGAUGAACUCGAACAGGCCCAGCGUGGUGAUCCCGGCACCAUCGGAACACACAGCACCUCAGUCAAUAACAGCUUCCCAUGUCUCAGACAUACCCGACCGUCUCCCACCUCUCCCAACCCUUCCACCCACAGAAAAAAUCUCCACCUACAGCCUCUUUCCUAAGACGGAGUAUGGUCGAGACGAGAUGUCGCAGGAACCGCAUGCGAUUUCGACACAGCAAGAUCGCCACAGCGUGAAAGCCGCAUCAAGCAUCAGGUCAAGCAGGAUCACAACUCAUUCUGCUGGGCGAGACACCGGACGCGAUACCGGACGCGAUACCGGACGCGAUACAGGAAGAGACUAUUCUACUAUCUCCAAGAGUGGAAUGUCAGCAAAUGAAGUUAUGAUCCCUGAAGAUCAUGUCUCCAUCAGAGACGCCGACUCCUUCACACAAAUCGAGGACAUGAUCCACGACAUUGAACUUGAUGACAAGCACUCCAGCCAGGGUACCACCAUCAGACCAGAUCCCAGCAGCGUUCCAAGGUGGACACCCAAACAGCACUCUGGUGCUCAUUCAUCUGCUUUGAGGACGUCACUUGUGAAUGCCGUUCAGCAAAGGAAACACAAGAUGAUCGAGCAGCUUCUUGACUGUGGCGUGUCGCCAGAAAGUGGAGGAGAGCUGAAUCUGCUAAGAGAGGCUGUUUUGACAAGGGACAUCGAAAGCGUACGCCUUUUGUUGUUAUUCGGAGCUGACCCUAACGGCCUCGACCGGAACAAGCUCACUCCUCUCUAUACCGCCACGGAGAUGACAUUCAUCGAUAGCGCAAGACUCUUGAUCAAGUAUGGCGCAGACCCGAACCUUCCGGCUGGUCCAGAUGGAGAAUCACCCCUGGCGUCCGCAAUCACGGACAACAAGGCUGAGUUCGCAAGACUCUAUCUCACUUAUGGCGGAGAUUCUGGCCAGAUGACAUCCGACGGCAAUACUCUAUUGAUCAAAACAAUCAACAAAACUGCACCUAAGGAUCUUACGGAGCUUUUACUUAACUACGGCAGCGACCCCAAUGCUAAAAGUGCCGAAGGUGUCACUCCUCUCUUCGAGGCCAUUCAAGCUCGCCGCCUUGACACCCUUACUCUUCUCCUGGAUCACGGAGCAAAUCCCAACUUGCCAGGACCCAAACAUCCCCUUUGGCCAUCGACUUAUCAAUCCAAGAUCCUCCAGCUUUUGCUCUCUCGCGGUGCUGACCCCAAGAAAGCACCUGGAUGUCUGGAACUCGCCGCCAGUCUCAAUAACAUCGAAUCCGUCAAAAUUCUCCUGGCAGCUGGUGUUGAUCCUAACACAAAGAAAGAUGGAAUCUAUACCGCACUUUGUUCUUCUAUCCGCGACAAUCGUCCUGAUCUCGUCACCCUCCUAUUGGAGAAGGGAGCUGAUCCCAACUGCAUGAGUGCCGAGUACCCGGCAUGGAAAUGUGUGACCCAUGACCGACCGCAAUUCAUGCCUCAGCUUGUGGCUGCAGGUGCUGAUCUACAUAAACCGAAAGGCAUUAUUGAGAAAGCAGUUGCUCACAACAAUAAGACCGCACUGAUGUAUCUUCUCGAGCAGAAGGUCAGUCCCAACGACAGAAGCCCCGAAGGCAACACCCCAUUAACCACCGCCAUUCGCGAUGACCGUGCGGAGAUGCUCGACGUUCUUUUGGCCCAUGGUGCAGAUCCAUCCAUCAGAGGUCAAGAUUGGCCUAUUUGCAUGGCUGUCAAGCGUCCAACAAUCCUCAAGAAGCUCCUUCCAGAACUACACAAUCCUCGUUCCGUCAAGGGUGUGAUGGAAAUGGCAGUCGUUGCGAACCAACUUGAGAGUAUCAAGCUGUUGAUCAAUGCCGGAAUCAGUGUCGAGGACAAGAACGGCGGUGUCUUCUCACCCCUUACAACCGCCAUCAGAGAGGAUCGAAAGGAAAUUGUUCGCUACCUGCUCGACGAGGCGGGUGCUGACAUCAAUGCACCGGGAGAGCAUUUACCCAUUGUCAAAGCCAUCCGCCGAUAUCGUGGUGGUGACUUGGACAUCAUGGAGAUGCUGCUCGACCGCGGCGUCGAUAUCAACAAAAUGUACCGAGGAUGGAAUUCCGUCCUCCAGGCCGUCGAGAGCGGAAAUGCAAAGAUCCUGCAUCUCCUGAAUGAAAGAGGCGGCGGCAUCAACCUGCAGGUCGUUGAUCAGGAUUCGGGCAAGACCGCACAGGAGAUCAUGGCCGAAGCUGGAUGGGAAGAGGCAUAUAGCUCCCUCCUAGAAAACUAA